AAUGCAUUAAGUAGACAAUGAAAGGGGAAUUGAGGUAGAUUGUAAUUGUAACAGUUUGGUUAUUUGGACGAGGUUAUGCAAUUGGGGUUAUAUAACUUAUAUUUCCGCCAAAACCCCUAAUAUUUUGCAGAAUUUAUUAGUUGUCGAAGGCAAAGGAUCUCUUUUCUCUCUUGUAACGCGAGAGAGAAGAUCAAAAGAAAAAAAAAAUGGGAGUUCUAUCAAACAAGAUCCAUGGAGAAGAUCUCAAGCCUGGAGAUCACAUCUACUCUUGGAGACAAGCCUACAUCUACGCUCAUCACGGGAUAUAUACUGGUGAUGGAAAAGUGAUCCAUUUCACUAGGGGAGCAGGACAGGAAAUCGGCACCGGAACUUUCUUUGACCGAAUCAUUUUUAGCUCAUCUCCUGCUCACCCUUCUGACAAUCCAUGUCAACAGUGUGGUGAUUAUUCAAGGCUUGAUGGUGUCAUCAUCUCCUGCAUUGACUGUUUUCUUGCUGGUGGCGAUCUCUAUCUCUUUGAGUAUGGUGUCUCACCAGCUUUAUUUCUUGUCAAAGCUCGAGGAGGGACUUGCACCCUUGCCACUUCCGAUCCCCCGGAAGAUGUUCUCCAUCGUGCCACUUUUCUUCUACAGAAUGGUUUUGGUGUCUACCAUGUUUUCAAGAAAAAUUGUGAGGAUUUUGCAAUAUACUGCAAAACAGGUCUACUUGUGAAUACUAGCAUCAGUAUGGGUUGCAGUGGCCAGGCUGCAUCAUUGGCAGCUGCUGUAAGUGCUAUUGUUUCUUCACCCCUUAGAUACUUGACUACAAGCUUUAGUGGCCUGGCAGCUGUUGGUUAUGGUAUUUAUUGCGUCAACCGAUUGGUUUCUGAUCUUGGAGUUCGACGUGAUGUAGAAAAAGUCCCGGUUGAGAGUCUUGUUGCCAAUACUAGCUUAGACGAGUCAAGCGGUGCAACUGAUAUUGCCAAAGAAUGAUUUAUGGACAUCAAUUCAUUUGCGAUACAAGGUGUUACCCCAUUUUUCAUGAGCAUGAAUGUAAAAGAAUUUCCCCUUGGACGUAUCUCUAUUUGUAUAAAAAAAAAAAAAAAAUUAUACAUUCUAUUGUUUGUGGUCGACUGAUCUGAUAUUUGUGAAUGUGAAAAUAUGCUAUUUAUAAGUGAUA